UACAUUCCUACAUACAGCAUCAGGACUUCUGUGCCCCAGAGCCUCCCUUCAUUCCAGCCAACCUCUCCAGACACGGGUCUGCUGGUGGCAGCAGGAUUACAGGACCUCUGUUUGUGCCCCUGUCCAAUUCCACAGCCCUUGGCUGGUUGUCUAGUGUGAUGGCUCCCCCUGCCUGGCCGCCUCUCAGCUCCCUCAGGCUGCUCGUAUCUCAAGAGGGCCAGUCCUGUGUGGAGGCGUGCCAUUCAGCUGGUUUCAUCUGUGAGCCUGCUCACUUCCGCUUCAUCAACAACAAGGAGGCCCUGCGCGGGUUGGAGGUGCAGUGCGAGGUGGUAGACUCUGAGAUCAACCACAUCCUUCCAGCGUUCUCGGUGGUGCGGCGGGAGUGCGGUCUCCAGCGGGAACCCCUCCUCUUCAGCUGUGCAGGACACUCCCCUAAAUACAGACGUCUUUGCCCCUGCAGGGACUUCCGCCACGGCCAAGUGGCGCUCUGCAGAGACUGUCUAUAGUGAUGGGGCACAUGCAGGACAGACACAAAAGAAUUAGAGACAGAUUGGUGGGGAAAAAGGGCACCCACAGGCCAGAACUGAUGUAGAGCUUUGACAAAUUACCUGAUAGUGCAGAGAGGCAGCUUCCCCCCAAAACAGUAAAUGUAGGAUGAUGAGAAACAGGCAUGCAUGGAUUUUGAAGAGCUGAAAGUAAGCCUGAAUAGCUGCCAGGUUGUAGGUGGGUAUUUUGGUUGACUGUUUUUGUGAAAACAGCUCUUAUACUGUAUCUUGCUGGAGAUGAAAAUCUGUAAGACUUCCUAGAACAGGGCUCCAGUGAUACCAGGUGUUUUUACACCCAGGUGCAAGGGCCUUUGUUACCACUCACCAUACCAACAACCUUUCACAUUAACACUCAGACUACAGGAUAAUAGUUUCUACAAGAUGUUGACCAGUGAUAUGACACACACAUUUCACUAAGUUUAAACAUGUACACUUAAAGAAACGUGUGACUCCAGAUAAACUCAACAUCGGGACUAUAGUGUCAUUCCAUGACAGAGUCUUCAAAUAUCUUGUCUUGAAGAAGGCAACCUCGGGUCAAUAUUCAAUCUCCUCUCUGCACUUGGACAAAGGAUGAUGGACAACCAGGUUUUCUCCCUCGAUUUUUCUCCCCUUCUCCAAUGAUGGGCAGAGUCAUUUAUCAGACUGAACCCCAAGUCUGAGGCAACAUCGGUCAAUCAUCUCUGUUCGCAAAAAGAGAGAGGGGUAGGACAGAGGACAAAGAUAAAGGGUACAAGAUUAUUUUUCAAUAAAUAAGCCUUUAGAGCUCUCUACUGGAUUUUUAAAGAGUCCUCUGGGCUUUAUGAUGGAAAAAAAUCAUAAAAUAAAAAAAUCAGAACAGAUCAAAGUGUU